UUGAAACAAAUGGACCGUUUACAACAGCAGACGCUUUGCGUCUGACGAAUUCGCUUACCUCGUGAAAACAUCUCUAAGAUAUAUCUUAUCACGUCGAAAAUUAAGAUAGAAGUGAAAUCGGUUGUCGAGACGAUAAGAUCCCCCCAACUGAACGAGGACGAUUACGACUGCUAAGCGUUGUCUCUCUAGUGACCACUUACUUGUUUGUGUCUUUCAUUAGAGCUCAGUUUGCGUCGACCUCUCUGCCAAGCACGUCAACAUCAUCUGUAAGCAUAAUGACUGAUGAAAGUAAAGUGAUCAAUUUCGGGGCAGGACCGGCUAAAUUGCCGCACGAGGUUCUAAAAGACGUACAAAAAGAAUUACUUGCAUAUGGGAACACGCAAAUCAGCAUCCUCGAACUAAGUCAUCGGUCCAAUGAUUUUAACAAUGUUAUUAACAAUGCACAAGCCAUCUUACGAGAUAUCCUUAACGUUCCAGAAAACUAUCACAUUUUAUUCAUGCAAGGAGGUGGCACGGGAAUAUUUGCAGCAAUUCCUCUAAAUAUACUGAAUACCGGGACAGCGGAUUAUCUAGUAACAGGUUCAUGGUCGGCGAAAGCGGCGAAAGAAGCGACCAAGUAUGGCAAAGUAAAUAUGGUGCUACCGAAAACAACAAAAUAUACAGAGAUCCCGGAUCCUUCUACUUGGAAUUUAGAUCCAAACGCUUCGUAUGUUUAUUACUGCGACAAUGAAACUGUUCACGGAAUUGAAUACGGUUUUAUCCCGGAGACUAACGGCGUGCCGCUUGUCGCCGACAUGUCGUCCAAUAUAUUGUCGAGACCUUUUGAUGUAUCCAAGUUCGCGAUUAUUUUUGCUGGUGCUCAAAAAAAUAUUGGACCAGCCGGCGUCACUUUGGUAAUCGUACGGGAUGAUCUACUCGGCCGUGCCAUGAAUGUGUGUCCGACAGUGCUGAAUUUUACCGUCAUGGCCAAUGAUAAUUCCCUUCACAACACCCCACCUGUCUUUCAGAUAUAUGUAGUGGGUUUGGUGUUCGAUUGGAUUAAACAGAAUGGCGGCGUCGAAGGUAUGCAGAAUCUUGCAAAGAAGAAGAGCAGCAAGGUAUACGAUGUAAUUGAUAAUUCAGGAGGUUUCUAUACGUGUCCUAUCAAACGAGACGCGCGUAGCAGAAUGAACAUUCCAUUCAGAAUAGGCAACGGUGAUGAGAAUCUUGAAAAGGAGUUUCUUUCUGGUGCCGCAGCUCGCGGUAUGUUGCAGUUGAAAGGCCACAGAUCGGUGGGUGGAAUUCGCGCAUCUUUAUACAAUGCAGUUACAAUAGAAGAGGCAGAAGCAUUGGCUGAUUACAUGAAGUGGUUUCAUAAUGAACAUGCAAACAAUCUGGAAAAUAACUAAUUAAAGCUUCAAGAAAAUGAUAUAGAUAUACAGUUUUUUUUAGAAAAAAUCUACUCGAAAAAUGUUAUUUGUGUAAAUAUACGUUUAUAUCGUA